UACUUUCAAGUCGCACGGAUCCUCAGAGCACAACGAACUUUUCCUCUCUCGCGUGUGAACGGAUCCUCUGAUCGCACAAAACGGCCACAACAACGACAACGACACAAACUCCAUUGAUAAAGUUGGCGUGUUGAUCAGCAUCUGAUAUGCCGCAGCUGAACGGUGGAGGGGGGGAUGAUCUCGGGGCGAAUGAUGAGAUGAUCGCGUUUAAAGAUGAAGGAGAUCACGACGAGAAGAUCCGCGAGAGCGCGUUCACGGAGAGCGACCUGGCUGAUCUCAAAUCAUCUCUGGUCAACGAGUCAGAGAUCAGCCAGAACUCACACUCUGCCGUAAUCAGGAGAGGUCAGCAGGCGGAUCAAAGACUUUACACUGAUAAACGAGAACAUCUGGACGACGUGCCAAAACAUCAAGAUGGAGGAAUGUACAAACCUCCGUAUUCUGGAUACCCUUAUCUGAUGUUGCCUGAACCAUAUCUACCAAAUGGACCUGUCUCACCAUCUUCCAACAAAGUGUCGGUGGUCCAGCAGGGGAUGCAUCCAUUAACGCCGCUGCUGCCGUAUGAUCACUUCAACCCAGGCCCUACACACAUUCCCACAGAAGUCAGCCAGAAACCAGGUGUUCACAGACAUCCGUCUCAAGACAUCUCCAGUUUCUAUUCGCUGCCUCAAGGCCAGAUCACCCCCUCCAUGAACUGGCCCAAUCAGCCUGUGUACCCUCUGCCCUCCUGUGGCUUCAGGCAGUCCUUCUCCAGUCUACAGAGCAGCUCUUCUUACCCCAGGUUCUCUCAUUCUCUGAUGCUUCAGUCCGGCAUGCACCCCACGGGCAUCCCACACCCGGCUAUAGUGCCCCCUUCUGGCAAACAGGAGCACGACCAGUUUGACAGGAGCAUUUAUUCUAAACCUCAUCCAGAGGUGAAGCGAGAGAAAGAGCCCAAAAAGCCGGUGAUCAAGAAACCUCUGAACGCCUUCAUGCUCUAUAUGAAGGAGAUGAGAGCUAAAGUGAUUGCUGAGUGUACACUGAAGGAGAGCGCCGCCAUAAACCAGAUCCUGGGACGACGGUGGCAUGCUCUGACACGUGAAGAACAGGCUAAGUACUAUGAAUUGGCACGGAAAGAGCGGCAGCUUCACAUGCAGCUUUACCCCAGCUGGUCUGCCCGUGACAACUACGACACCCGCGUGAACUUGAGGGGAACUGAAAUCACCUCCUUGACACCAGUUGAUGGCUCAGAAAAAGGCAAGAAGAAGAGAAGGAAACGAGAUAAGCAGCAAGACUCCAGCACAGAUAACUCUCUUGACUGUUCCUAGGAGGAAAAGAAGUGCAUUCGCUACCUUCAGAGAGGACACUGCGCCAGCCCCCAUUCUUCUGAUGGAAGUGCUAUAGACUCCCCCUAUCACCUGCCAAACCCCACCUCUCCCACACGCUGCUCCUUCUCUUCCCCCGCCUCCCCCGUCAGCAGUCCCCGCCCACACAGCAGCAAUCGCCCUGCCCACCCACCCAGACUGUCACUCGACUUCAGCCGAGUUAAAACAGAGAACACGAAACACCAGCCACAAUAACCAGAUCACAUCAUAAAAAUCACCUCAGGACCUUCACUCUGAAGACUCAUGUUCUGCAUAAAGACAACAUCAAAUCCUAAAGUUGUCCUCAAGAAAGCAAAAGUCAGAUGGGGCUUCUUCUCACCUUUCACAAAGUAAUGGCACUAUAGCUUUCCUAAAAGGGGAAUUUCAUGAAGAAAUGUGCAGGUCAUGUUUCAGUAUGUUUACCAAAAAGAAAAUAGUUUUUAUCAUACUAUUUUAAAGACCCCUAAUCAUUUUUUAUUUAUUUUUAUUUGUAUGGCCAAACAAAAAAAAACUACCGUAAUCUUUUUUACAUUUGUGCAUUUUGCAAUAUUUAAAUAUUAUAUAUAUUUUUGUUUAAUAUUUUAUUUAUACAUCAUGGUAGUACUUGUAGUUCUGCUUUUAAUUUAUGAUGAUUUACUAAAACAAUCACUAUAUUACAGUAUAUUAAAAAAAAGAUUUUAGUUUGACAAGCAUGCAAUGACAUUGGGAUAAUGCCAACAUGUUCAUGGAAUUUUUAUGAAUGUAACAUAUAUAUAUAUAUAUAUUGAUUUUGUUGUAAAAUAUGACCUGCACAUGUUCUUUGUGAGAUUCUGUUGGUGAUUGUUGGUAAGGUGUAGCUUAAGUACAUCCAGGUUCUCGUAGGAAUAAGAGGGUCAUUCAUAAUUAAUGUCUUUUGUAUCACUGAAAACAGUGCCAGUUCUCACAUUCACCCUUUUACAAGCAAAUGAAUAAGUGUUGUAAAGCUUUGUUUUUUAUAGAGCUGAAAGUCCAUAAUAACUAAACUUUUAUAUGUUUUUAUGUAAAAGAAAAAAAAUAAGGGAAAAAAAAUAUCUUUGUUCAUGCACAUGCCAUUUUUAUUGUUUUUCAUGUGUAGAUUUGAUGUGGUGUGCUGUGCCUGUCAUUCAUCCAAACAGCUGUAUAAAGUGAAGUAUGUGCAUGUAUUUUGUUUGUUUCAGAAUCUGCUCUAUUCAUUAUCUAGUGGCCAUUCAGUAUUCACUCAGGUCUGUUCUGAGGCUUCAGUCAUUUCUGCGUCAGAAGUCAAACUUCCAGCAGACAGAGCUGUUUCAUCAACAGUAUUCACAAAUAUCAAUCUCCUGCCCUUUUCAUGUCUUUUUGCUUUUGAUGUAACGAUACUCAAAUCUGUUUAAAGGAUAUAAAGAUCUUUCAGGGGUGUUGUAGUGUUUUCUUGAGUGACUGAGGCUACUGUACAGUAUGUUUGGAAUAACAAACUACCAUAAACUGCUUUACUUUCUGUAUGGCUGAAAUACCAGCAUGGCCUUGUAAAUUUGACUAGAUGUGCAGUGUAUAUCAGUGCACACUACACAGUCGGGUUGUGAAUCUACAGGUUGAAACACCCAGCGCUUCGAUAUAUAUAUAUAUAAGUGUGGUCUGAUUGCUGAAUCAAAAUGAGACGCUCUUUUUAGUGAAUCAAAACCUUACAGCGUGACCAGUGUAGUGCGGUUCCUGAACUAAUGACUCUCAUGAGCUGGCUCUUAGUGAAUCAAAAACACACAAAACAAAUACGUCAGUCAGAGAGGUUACUGAAUUCAUAUACUGAUGCACAAGGAAUGGCAUUUGUCCAGCCCAACUCGAAAUAUGAACUGUGGUAUGAAAUGUUGUGAGACUUCAA